CCGACCCACACGCGUGGCUGUCGACCUCCCCGCUCCGGAAGAUAGUAGGAUCUUCCCACGCGAUGCGGAACUCGACGCGAUGACGUAUCAGCGGAGGUGAGAGCUGUCAUGCAGCCUGACGGGCUUGUAGUGCAGCAUCUCCGGUGAGCACAAAGGAGCCUCCGAUGAUUAACAAGUACGCCUGGAAUAUUAUUCAGAAACCACCAUACGUCUUGAGUCCAUUAUAGUUUGCCAGAAAGCCAUACAGCUGAAUCGGACAGAUAUUUCACUACGGAGAGUUUGCAGGACUUCAGAAUGGUUUUAACGUUGUGCAUUUCUGGGCUCUGAGGUACAGCAUUGGUGCAUCUCCAUGACUGGAUACAUUGUUCUGCGAUGACUUAAAAAGGAGAAGGAAAUGGAGAAGAAGAAGCCAUGUUCCCGGCUGCUGGACUAUCUGGCGGUGGUGGGAGCCAGGCAGCCCAGCAGUGACAGUGUGGCUCAGACCCCCCAGCUCCUGAGACGCUACCCCCUGGAGGACCAUGCUGAUUUCGCCCUGCCCCCCGACGUUGUCUUUUUCUGCCAGCCAGAAGGCUGUCUGAGCAUGCGGCAGAAGCGCCUGAGCCUGCGUGACGACGCCUCCUUCGUGUUCAUGCUCACCGACAAGGACUCUGGAGUCACUCGCUAUGGCAUCUGCGUCAACUUCUACCGCUCCUUCCAGAGGUGCUUCCGCAAAGCGGACAGAACCGAGGGCCAUCGUGGCCGCGAAAAGUGUCCCAAGGGGGCCUCCGGGCCACCAGAUGGCGCCGAAGCAGGAUACGAAGGCGAGGUCACAGAGAGCGGUGUGCUGCCUCUGGGUGCCGAGCCUGGCCAGGACAAGCGGAGAUCCAGGAUGGGCUCGAAAAGCCGCAACAGCACCCUCACCUCCCUGUGCAUAGUCAGCCACUAUCCCUUCUUCUCCACCUUCAGGGAGUGCCUCUACAUCCUCAAGAGGCUGGUGGACUGCUGCAGUGAGCGGCUUUCCAAGAGGCCCGGCAUCCCCAAGGCCAUUCAGAGGGACACGAUGUGGCGCGUGUUCACCGGUGCCCUGACGCUGGAGGAGAGCAGCGGGGUGCUACUGCAGGACCUCCGUGAGAUCGAGGCCUGGGUGUACCGCCUGCUGCGUGCGCCCGUGCCCACGGCGGGCCAGCAGCGCGCGGACGUGGAGGUGCUGCCCCGCGACAUGCAGCCCGCUCUCACCUUUGCCCUGCCCGACUCGUCCCGCUUUACCAUGGUGGACUUUCCCCUGCACCUACCCCUGGAGCUGCUGGGUGUGGAUGCCUGCCUGCAGGUGCUUACCUGCAUCCUGCUGGAGCACAAGGUGGUCCUCCAAUCCCGCGACUACAACGCCCUGUCCAUGAGCGUCAUGGCCUUAGUCGCCAUGAUCUACCCGAUGGAGUACAUGUUUCCCGUCAUCCCGCUGCUGCCCACUUGCAUGGCCUCUGCUGAGCAGCUUCUCCUUGCCCCCACCCCAUACAUCAUUGGGGUUCCAGCCAGCUUUUUCCUGUACAAAUCGGACUUCAAGAUGCCAGAUGAUGUGUGGCUGGUGGACCUGGACUGCAAUAAGGUGAUUGUGCCGAGCAACGCUGAGAUCCUGCCGGAGUUACCGGAGCCAGAGGCCUCCGAGCUGAAGAAGCACCUGAAGCAGGCUUUAGCCAGUAUGAGCCUCAACACGCAGCCCAUUCUCAACCUGGAGAAAUUCCACGAAGGUCAGGAGGUCCCCGUGCGGCCUGGUGGUGGGAGCGUGCCCACCCCUUCCACCGAGUUUAACCCUCUCAUCUACGGCAACGACGUGGAUUCUGUGGACAUUGCUACCAGGGUUGCCAUGGUGAGGUUCUUCAACUCCCCCAACGUGCUGCACGGCUUCCAGAUGCACACACGCACCCUGCGCCUCUUCCCCCGGCCCGUGGUGGCCUUCCAGGCGACCUCCUUCCUGGCCUCGCGGCCUCGCCAGUCCUCCUUCACCGAGAAGCUGUCCCGCACGCAGGCGGUGGAGUACUUCGGCGAGUGGUCUCUCAGCCCCACCAACCAGGCUUUCCAGAGGAUUCACAACAAUGUGUUUGACCCUUCCCUGAUUGGGGACAAGCCCAAGUGGUAUGCCCACCAGCUGCAGCCCAUCUACUACCGCGUCUACGACGGGAGCUCCAAGCUGGCCCAGGCUCUGUGCGAGCCGACCGAAGUGGAGCAAGGAAACGACGAUGACUUUGAGCCCUCCGAUGUCAGUGGCAGUGACAGUGGGGACUGCGACGACUCCAGCUCCUCUUACUCUUCUCUGGGGGACUUUGUCAGCGAAAUGAUUAAGUGUGACAUCCAAGGGGACAUGCAGAAUGUGGACCCGCCCACCCACGCUGCCCUCGGGGACGCCAGCGAGGUGGAGUUUCAGGACUUCCAGGAAGGGCGGGGGCACGGGCCAGGUCAGCCCCAGGAGGCAGAUGGCUCUCUGGACACCCGGCAACCCAAAUCCAGUUCCAGCACCACCACCAACUCCAGCCCCAGCACGAUCAUCCAGAACGUCAACCAUGGUGAGCCAGUGGGCGUGGGGGAUCCAGCUGGAGGGGUGCCUCAGAACCGCUUCGCUGGCCUGGGGGCUCAGCCCUUCCCCGGGACGGGCCCCGAGCAGCGGGAGGGCGAGCCAGGGGCCCCGCGGGGCCCAUCAAACCCUGCUGGCCCAAAGAAGGAGUAUGAUAACCCCUACUUCGAGCCGCAGUAUGGCUUCCCCAGCGAGGACGAUGUGGAGCAUGUGGAAGAGCAGGGGGAGAGCUACACCCCCAACUUCAACCAGAACAGCGCUGGAAACAAGGUGCAGAAGCCCCUGCGGCCCAACAGCCUGAAGCUUCCCGGGGACUCCGACGGCGAGUCCGAUUCCCGAGGCAGUACGCCCAACUCCAACGUGUCCAACACCAGCAACGAGGGCCUGGGCAGCCUCAUGUCCUUUGCUAGUAACCUCUACAAGAACCACGGCACCAGCUUCAGCCUGUCCAACCUGAGUUUGCCCAACAAGGCAGCCCGGGACAAGGCCACCCCUUUCCCCAACAUCAAAGUAUUUGGGCUAAAUUCUCUAAUGGAGAUAAUAUCAGAAGCCGGCCCGACGAGCGGCGAAGGCAAUCGGCCAGCGAGAGCACUAGUGGACCAGAAGUCCUCGGUUAUUAAGCACAGCCCGACGGUGAAGAGAGAGUCUCCCUCUCCCCAGGGGCGAGCAAACAACAGCAGCGAGAACCAGCAAUUCCUAAAGGAAGUGGUGCAGAGCGUCCUGGAGGGCCAGGGGGUGGGCUGGCUCAACAUGAAGAAAGUGCGCCGCCUGCUGGAGAACGAGCAGCUGCGCGUCUUUGUGCUGAGCAAGCUGAACAGGGCUGUCCAGUCGGAGGAGGACGCCAGGCAGGGAGUCGUCCGUGACGUGGAAAUCAGCCGGAAGAUGUACAAGGGGAUGCUGGAUCUGCUGAAGUGCACGGUGUCCAGCCUGGAGCUGUCGUAUACCAACGCCGGGCUGGGCGGCAUGGCCAGCGUCUUCAGCCUGCUGGAAAUCGCACGCACGCACUACCAGACCAAAGAGGCCGAGAAGCGCAAGCGGAGCCCCAUGGAGGGUGGGGGCGGCAGCAGCCCGGGUGGUAAGGCGAGCCCCACCCCUAAGGGCGAGAGCGCCAAGCCCACGGCUCCACUACUGAUACCACGUCUGCAACUUCACCCCCCCAACACCACCACCGGCAAGGGCUCCCGCCAGUUUGACACCCGCAGUCUGAACGAGGAGAAUUUUAUCGCCUCCAUUGAAUUGUGGAGCAAGCACCAAGAAAACAGAAAGCAAAAAGCUGUGGGAAAACAGAGGGAGGAAGGGGCAAAGAAAACCUCCGAUGCCGGAGACACAGAGGAGAAAAAGUCUCAGAUUAGUGCUGACAGUGGGCUGGGCUGCAGCUCUGGGUCGCAGAAGAGCGAUUCUGAAAGUGUGACCAGCUCUGGACCACCUGCCCUGACCCGGAGUGCCAGCCAGGACUCGGAGGCCAGUACAGUGGUCAGCAACAGCUCAGGGGAAACGCUGGGGGCUGACAGUGACCUGAGCAGCAAUGCUGGGGACGGCCCAUCCAGCAAGCUGGCCCCCCACCUCGCCGUGUCCCGCGGGACGCUGUCUGAUAGCGAGAUAGAGACCAACCCAGCCACUAGUGCCGUCUUUGGAAAGACCCACACGCUAAAGCCGAGCCUGAGGGAGCCCAAGGGCGGUUCUGCUGUGCCUCUUGAGGAUAUUAGUAGAAGGAUUUACCUCUCAGAAGGCCUCUUAGGUCGUGACAAGAGCUCUGUGUGGGACCAGCUGGAGGAUGCCGCCAUGGAGACCUUUUCUCUGAGCAAAGAUCGCUCCACACUGUGGGACCAGGUGCAGUUCUGGGAGGAUGCCUUCCUGGAUGCAGUCAUGCUGGAGAGGGAAGGGAUGGGCAUGGAUCAGGGCCCGCAGGAGAUGAUUGACAGAUACCUGUCACUGGGUGAGCAUGACCGCAAGCGACUGGAGGAUGACGAGGACCGGCUGCUGGCCACCCUCCUGCACAACAUGAUAGCAUACAUGCUCAUGAUGAAGGUAAAUAAGAAUGACAUCAGGAAGAAAGUGAGACGUCUGAUGGGGAAGAGUCACAUCGGUCUGACCUACAGCCAGGAGAUCAAUGAGAUUUUGGACCAGCUUGCUGACCUGAAUGGACGGGAGCUGUCAAUCAAGCCCAGCGGCAGUCGUCACAUCAAGAAACAAACGUUUGUAGUGCAUGCUGGGACAGAUACCACAGGAGACAUAUUCUUCAUGGAGGUGUGCGAUGACUGCAUCGUCCUCCGUAGCAACAUCGGCACAGUGUACGAACGAUGGUGGUACGAAAAACUCAUCAACAUGACGUAUUGCCCCAAGACUAAAGUCCUGUGUCUCUGGAGACGCAACGGCCAAGAAACACAGCUCAACAAGUUCUACACCAAGAAGUGCCGCGAGCUGUACUACUGCGUUAAGGACAGCAUGGAACGUGCCGCUGCCCGGCAACAGAGCAUUAAGCCAGGUCCAGAGUUAGGCGGGGAGUUCCCCGUCCAGGACAUGAAAACAGGAGAAGGUGGACUGCUUCAGGUCACACUGGAGGGCAUCAACCUCAAGUUCAUGCACAGCCAGGUUUUCAUAGAGCUGAAUCACAUUAAAAAGUGCAAUACUGUCAAAGGAGUCUUUGUCCUGGAGGAAUUUGUUCCUGAAACUAAGGAAGUGGUGAUCCACAAGUACAAGACUCCAAUGGCACACCAGAUCUGCUACUCCGUCCUGUGUCUCUUUUCCUACAUGGCUGCCGUCCAGGGCAAAGAGGUGGAAGGCAAGCCUAGGGCUGUGUCACCUAGGCCGCUGCCCAGCUAAUCCGCAUUACGUCUUCGUCUCCACCAGGGGGCACCCGUUACCACAUUACGCAUGGUCUCCUUUCUUGUCUUGGCUUCCGUUUGAUUCCUUCCUUUUUAAGCAAAUCGUGGAAUGUGCUUAUUUUUUUUCCCCUCCUCUUUGUUUUUCUUCCGAUUUAGAUAAAAACGGCAAAGCUGAAGUUAUUUGUCUUUUGUAGGGCAAAAAAAAAAAUCGAAGUAAAACAAAGCUGUAAUGUGAAAAAUCAGACGAUCAUAGUUUAUGGCUUGUAAGCAGUCUAGAUCACAGUAUUUCAGGAUGUUUAAGACUAAUUCCUGCUUAAUGUAAUGUUAUACGUAAUGUAAUAAUAUGGUGUCACAUUACACCCAGAGUGCUGUAUAACUGUUAUACUAAAUGGUGUUAUAAACUGCUCAGCCUCAAACCCUGAAAUGUUUCAAAGCGCAGUGGUCGCAUGCUUUAGUACCGUUAAAACAUUUCUAGAAAAAUUUUACGGUCGGCUAACAUGUAGCUCACAGAGGAUAGAUAUGCAAUCCAGAUUCCCCCGUGAUGUUAUGUGAUGACGAAAUUGACUCAUUGAGCUUUGUUGUUGUUUCUUUUGUGUUUGUGUUUCUGUUUUUGUGUGUGUGUGUGUGUGUGUGAGAGAGAGAGAGGAAAAUACUUUGCUGUACGAUUUGUAAUUUAUUUGUGUGUGGUUAAAUGUGUUGGAUUGCAUGUUACAACGAUCUUAUGUCAAAAACAAAAUGGUGUAGAUUGACAUUCCCAUAACUGUCAACCGCAUUGAUUUGCUUGUUUCACUUGUGUCAUGCCCUGGGUCAAGGUGUAAUCAGAUUGAGGUUGGGAAUGUGCACUACAUUUUGGUUUAAUAGCAAAAUCCAAGCUGUAUGUAUACAAGUUGUAUGUAUAAAUGACUGAUUUGUGAAUGUAAAAAAAAAUUAUAAAAGAGGAAUAGCUGUAUACAUUUCUCCUUGGUAUUCAUUGUUGUUUGUUUGAGUGCUGAAGUUUCUUUUGCCUCUUUCAACCCCUGGAUGGAUUAUGUGUUUUUGUUUGGGUUUGCAUUUUGGAUUUUUCACCCAUUGAUAAUGCGUAUACUUCUUCAGUAUGUUUAAUAGUGGAAAGGUUUGUGUUAGAUAUGUCUUAAAGAGAAACAUUUGUAAAUAUUGCUACUACAAGUAACUGACUAGAGGCCAAGAAGCUUCAGAACAGUUUGGUAGGGACCUGCUGAAUGAUAUUUAUUAUAGGAGAUUAUUUAAAAUUAUCUGUGACCUGUGUUUGGUUGUCUGAUUUCUGCUGCUGUAAUGAUUUUUUUUUCGGGAGGGGGAUAGGGGGCCACUGGGUGUAAAUAUUUCAGUGUAAAAGUAUUUAUAGAACUUGUACAGCUUUGGCUAUAUGAAAAUAAACUAUGUCCAACCAGAA